AUGGGUCAAAGGUGUUUCUCUUGCUGCUGCUGUUGCUGCUCCUGGUCAUGGGAUACAUCUACAACAUCUACAUCCUUGCCGCAAACUGUCACUGCCAAUACGCUCUCAUCGCAGCCAAAGCAAUUCAAGGUAUUAAUUCUUGGCCAGCCGCAAAGUGGAAAAACCCAAUUGGGUCAUUUGCUUAGCGGCAGCAAACGCCAAGCCCAGGAUACAGAGCCAACGAAUGGAGUCCGGUGCUAUCGCAUGGAAUUGCCAGCCAAUGGCCAGACACCACAUCCGGUUAGUCUCUCCUUAACCGAAAUCGGUGGCAAUACGGAAAUGCAACGACUCUGGCCCCACUACUAUGCCUCGGCUCAUGGGCUGAUUUUUUGCUUUGACCUCAGUCUGGGCAUCGAUGAUUUGCAAUUAACUUUUGAUCGACUAGCAAAAUGUCUGCAGGGCACUGCUCUAAGUGGGAAACCUGUGCUCUUGGUGGCCCGCCAAGAACGGGAUGGUGUUCAGUUGUACGACAUAGAGCACACGUUUCAUUUAGAGCAUUUGGCCAAGUCUUGCAAUUGCCCUUUACACAUUUGUCACGUGGACAAUGAGCAGGAUCGUUGGCGUGGCAUUAUCUGGCUGCAGAGGCAAUUGCUUAGCCAAGCACCAAAUCUCGAGCAACGCAUUAAGUACGACAUGAAUAUGGAAUCGUGGCAGCGACGCAAACGGUCUAUCCUAAGUAGCGGCAAGUUGGCCCAAGUGCAUCGACAUCGUUUUCGUCGCCAAAAUAGACGUCUCUGGCCAAUUCCCACAGUGGAUUCCAAUCAUCAGCAACACUAUCGUCCUGGCACUGCCCCAGCCUCUGUAUCGGUUUACAUAAUACAAGAGGCCAGAGAUCACCUGGAGCCAAAACAGGAGCAACAAAUGGAAUUGGCUGCUCAGGUCCUCUAACAAGUGCCAAAACAAAAAAAAAACACCAAAUUGAGGCUAUCCAAAUUUUUAACUAUAUUAAGCAGGUUCUG